AUGACGGCUCUUCCCGACAGCGAAGUCGAUGUUCUCAUCAUCGGCGCCGGCCCAGCGGGGCUGAUGCUCGCGUUGUGGUUAUCUAGACUUGGUGUCAAGACGCGCAUCGUAGACAAGAGGACCUCCAGAAUCUACUCGGGACAGGCAGACGGCUUCCAAGUGAGGACUCUCGAGAUCCUAGACAGCUUUGGUGUCGGAGAGCGCGUAUGGAAAGAAGCAAACCGCAUGCUAGAGGUUUCCUUUUGGAACCCGGACAAGAGCGGCAAAAUCGCACGCAGCGCUCACGUCGCAAACACCAUCCCCGGUCUCUCUCGCUUCACUGAGUCUGUGCUACACCAGGGCCGCAUCGAGCAGUUUUUCCUUGAAGCCAUCCGCGCCUCCUACGCCUCUGCCGCGGACGCCCUGCACGUUGAGCGCAUGGUGAUUCCCACGUCACUCGAGAUCGACGAGAGCAAGGCCGAGGACCCGGACGCGCACCCCGUGACGGUGACGCUGAGGCAUCUGACUGAGGAGGAGGCGACGCCGACGCAGAUGCUGAGCAACCUCAACGACGGCCUCUUUAGGAGCAACCUCGCAGACGACGACGUGGGUGAAAUGCUGGACCGCUCCAAGGGGCGGGAGGCGAGGGACGAGAUUGUGAGAGCGAAGUAUGUCGUCGGGUGCGAUGGGGCGCAUUCUUGGACGCGGAAGACGCUCGGGGAGGGGUUCGAGAUGAAGGGCGAGACGACGGAUGCUAUUUGGGGCGUGAUGGACAUCGUUCCCAUCACAGACUUUCCCGAUAUCCGAUUCCGGACCAUAAUCAACAGCACCUCGGGCGCAGUCAUGGUCAUCCCGCGCGAGAACAGAAUCGUCCGUCUCUACAUCCAGCUCAAGGAGGUCACAGCCGGCGGCGGCCGCGUCGACAGAUCCCAAAUCACGCCGGACUUCAUCUUCAAGUCAGCACAACAGAUCUUCAACCCGUACAAGCUCGAAUAUCACUACUGCGAUUGGUGGACGGCAUACCAGAUCGGUCAGCGGACGGGUGACAACUUCAGCAAGCUCAACCGCGUCUUCCUCGCGGGAGAUGCUGUACACACGCACUCCCCCAAGGCGGGCCAGGGCAUGAACGUUUCGAUGCAGGACAGCUACAACCUCGGCUGGAAGAUCGGCCUGGCCUGCAAAAACAUCCUCCCCCGCCACGCCCUUGCGACGUACGAGCUCGAGCGCAAGAAGAUCGCCAAGGACCUCAUCGCGUUCGACGGCAAAUUCUCCAAGCUGUUCACGGGCCGCCCUGCCAAGGACAUCCAAAACGAGACGGGCGUCACCGACGACGAGCUGCAGCAGGCGUUCCACAAGAGCCGAAUGUUCACGAGCGGCGUCGGUGUAGACUACCAGCCCACCGUCUUCGUCGCCAAAGAGGCCGAAGAAACCGACCAGGACUCCGGACUGCGGAAGAGCGCCGCGGAGAGCACGCCGUCCCUCGCCGCCAACUGCAAGCUCGGCCAGCGCUUCCCGUCGCACAAGGUCAUUAGCCAGUCCGACGCCCGCCUGUGGGAGCUGCACCACAAGAUACCCUCCGACGGGCGCUUCCGCCUCGUCGUCUUCGGCGGUGACAUCUCACGGGGGCCCCAGCGCGACAGCGUCAACGCCCUCGGCGCAUGGCUGUCGUCGUACCUGCCUGGGCUGCCUACGAUCGGCCUUUCGCCCUCGUCGGACCCGCAUGGCGGGUCGAUGAAGUUCAAGACGGACGCGGACCCGUCCAUCGUGGACGUUCUGCUCGUGCACACGGCGCCGCGGGACGAGGUCGAAGUGCUGAGGGACGUGCACGAGGCGUACCACCCGUUCGACAGCAAGCUCGGCUGGGACUACGACAAGAUCUUCGUGGACGGGGAGACGAUGUACGAGGAGCCCCAGAAGGCGUACGAGAAGUACGGCAUCGACCGGGUCAAGGGGGCCGUCGUUGGGCUACGUCCGGAUGGUUAUGUCGGGCUCGUCACCUCGGUGGACCAUGGCGGCCAGGAGCAGAUCCAGAAAUGGCUUGACGGCGUCUUCCAUGGCUGA